CACGAUCUCACGAUCGCUCUGACUGCAUUCUUUCGAUCUCUAUCUAAGUGCAAAUUACGACCGGCAAACUCCAUCUUCAAUACUUGUCAACUGCAUUUACGAGAUAUAACGCCUGGUCUGCUGUCAACUAAGCUUAGAGGCACGUCUUGGGCUACGUGCUCUUGACAGCUCUAUCCACCAUGCCUCCAGCCCAGCAUGCGGGGUGGUUCCCCAGCAUUCUUGGUCGAUCCAUUCUCAGCAGCACGAUGCGCAUCCACCAGAGCCUCCAGCAAGACUCAAAGAGCGACGAUGCCUUCACACCGACCCCUGUUGAUAAAACCCACACGCUCGUUGCGCGGGCGGACAAAACAUACCACCCGGGCGAAGGCUCUAUAAACCCAAACAACAUCAAUAUGCGUGGCUUAUAUGCAUUAUUCGCAAUUCUGGGCGCAGGUUUGGUUCUGGCAUCCAUUUGGUUCUUCUUCUGGGCCAAGGAUGGUGGGUUCGUCUGGAAGGAAGGCGACUGGGAGGAAUACAAGUCAACUGUUCUGCGACGAAAAGGCCCUGACGGCCGAACACUCAGUAAUGCCACCCGAAGCACAAGACUCGGCGGUGGCAGCAUCAAUGGGAAGAGCUUCUUCGGCGAGGACGACGGAUACACCGUUGCCGACACGGCACCGACAUACAGCGAUGAAACGGCCACAACAAUCACUGAGAAGGGACCGAAGCGCAAGCGCAACCUCCGCGAUAAGUUCCGACGCAAGCGGAAUGAAAAGUAUGAAGGCGAAGUUGACGAAGACGUCCGCGCUUACCGCAAGGAAAAACCAGCCCAAAUCGGCGGCAUCAACCGCGAAGCCGACGGCACUUAUUACGGUAGUGACUAUGAUACUUCUGCGCCUCCGACCCAAUAUAACCAGAGUGAGAUGAGUGAAGUCCGUGAUUAUGCGUAUGAGCCGGCGCGUCACAGUCAGGGCCGCCGUGACUUUUCCUUUGUCGCGGGAACCGAGGAAACAAUGUCUCAGACCACAACAGAGCGUAUGCUUCGUGAGCCUUCUGCCCGCAGACACAAUCGCCGCCGCGAAAGACGCAGUCGACCACCUCCCACCUCGUCCUCGCGACAAAGCAGUCCGCGUAAGCGCGAGUCGCGCGGUCACUACACUGAACCGCUUGAUUUCUCGUCCAACUCCCAAUCUCGCUCCGAUUAUCAGUACUCGAAUGUUGGCACAGAAGAAGAAGACCUUGGGACCAUCAGCUACCAUCAUCCCAUACCCGGUCUGAGUAAGGGCUACCGACGUGAUGGGGCGCGUAGCAGACGGCGGGAUAGUUUGAGUGAUAGUGAUGGUGACGAGACGAGGUAUUCAUGACGAGGAGGAAAUGAUUGUAAAUACUGCCGACCUCCUACGGAUACAGGACAUCGGGACUUUGAAACUUAUGAGUUCAUGGGACAAUGGAAUGAAUUGGGAUCAGGUUACGAGAACGAGUUUAUACCUUGGCGUUGCGUUUUGCUCUUGUUUACGUGAUUAAUGAUGAAUAUGGACACGAUGAAAGCUGGAAAGGAACAAGCCUGCUAUUGUAUUUUCUUUAUCGCACCACAAGCUAGCCGUGUUAUGCUAUUGCCGUAACUAGUUAAAUAUACACACAUCAAUA